CAUAACUAAAUAUAUUUUACUCAAAAGUUAAACAUUAUGUAGAAAUUUUAUUUAAUUACAUUAUUACAAAGAAAAAUAUGAUAUUUGAUGUUUCAGGCAUGGGGGUAAUUAUAGGUUAACUACUAAGAAGUUUGUAUAAUGAUUCAAAAGAACUCAUCAGUUCCGUUGCUAUAGGAACGAUAUAAUGAAACGAAAUUGUUUAAUCGAAGUGUCUGAUGGUUUUGAUAGCUUCCAAAAAAGAAUUAAAGGUCCGUCCAAUAUUAUCGAAACUAAUUCGAAAAUGUACCGAAACAGCAUUUGGUAUCGCUCGCUUCUUGACGCAGAGAAGACGUGUUUGAAAGAGGAUAAACUGAAAAAGAUUCACUACAAGUUUUUGGAUGAUAAAGAAAUGGUUGAGGAGUAUAAUGUAGAUACUCAAGUUUUAUUGCGUAGAGCUUGGAAGGUGAAAGGGAAACUAGGAGGGGAAGGCAAGUGGGAUGUGGAAAUUGGAGACCCCAUACCUAACGCUACACCUGCUGUGGAUGGGCCUACAGCUGACAUUGUAGAGAGUAAAGAUCAGCCUAUACUUACGCGGCGCAACACAAGAAUAAACUUGGAGUGGAGGAUUAGAAACUUGCCAUAUCCCAUAGAAACAUAUUCUGUGACUGCAAACAAUGAUCAAAGAUGUAUAAUAAUAAGCACUACCAAUAAGAAGUACUAUAAGAGAUUGCAAGUGCCAGAACUAGACAGAUUGAAUUUACCAAUACAGCAAGCUAAUAUACAAUGUAGUCAUACUUUCAAUACUCUAAUUGUUGUGUACAAAAAACCCCAGCAGUUACUGGACAUGGAUAGAGAGUGGUAUGAAGAGUUGAGUAAAGUGAAGCCUGUUAAAGAUGUUCCCAAUGAUUGUAAAGCACAGUAACAUUAUAUAUUAUGAAUAUGCAA